AUGGCAAAAGCAAUACCACAAUCAUUCCCAAAUACCGCCCACAAGUUAUGCCGUUGGCACAUCCUGAAGAAGUUCAAGGAAUACCUCGCGUUGCUGUACAAAAAGUGUAGAACAUUGAAAGAGGAGUUCAUAGCUAUCUUAAACUGGCCGCUAAUGCCAACGGAGUUUGAAGCUGCCUGGGCUGCACUCGUGCAAAAAAUGACUUCUACACAACGAAGCGAGAGCAUGAAUCACGUGCUCAAGCGAGGGUUUGUCAAGGGGACCCAGAACCUACACAAGUUUGCUAGGCAGGUAAAUGCUUACAUACAAACUCGAAUGCAGAAGGGGAACGAGCAAACAAUGGCUAGCGUGAGCAAUCGUGUGACAAAAACAACUUACGGCUACGAGGAAGACAUGGCUAUCAAGUACACAAGAGCCGUGUACAGCGAGAUGAGGACUAGGAUGAGAAAAGCCACACUAUUUCGCGCAAAGCCUAUAACAGAGCCCACUAAGUACCUUGUGUACUACCACAACAAGGCUGGCCAUGAUGAUGAAGAAAGAUUUGCCUGGUCAAAGCAUGAAUUCCAGGUUGUAGCUGACCUAGAGAAUGAAAUAUAUGAGUGUGAAUGCAAGCUUUGGACACACACACGUCUGUUCUGCCUUCACAUAAUGAACAUACUGGACUUCCUGAAGGCUGGCAAAUUUCGAGACAAGUAUAUCCUUAAACGGUACACAAAGACUGCAAAAUCACAACCAACAUUUGAUACAAGGGACUAUAACACAACUGCAUCGGAUGUCAGCUCAAGACUAUCCAAGCAAGACAUCCUGUUGUAG